AUGCAUAAAUGCCAACAAAAGAAAAAACUCUUUUACUCUACAGACGUUGGCGACCACCAGCUCAAGUUGUUGAUUGGAGUCGAGGCUAAGGACGUGGCUCACGGUGGUUGCUCGGAGGACUCGCAGUGGCAACGAUUUUGGUGGCUUGGUGGAGCUGAUAGAGGAGGCGAAGAUGGUUGCAAAAUAAGAGCAACUAAGAUUGGGGCACAAUGGCUUGAUCAGGUGGCUCGCUGCGUGAAUUUAGGGUUUCGAUUGGGUGAAUUUGGUGGCUUUGUGGAGCUGAUGGAGGCGCGGAGGAGGGCGAUGGUGGUCGUGGGUCAGGCUGGUGGAGGUGUGGUGGUCGGUGGUUUAGGUCGCGAGGGGUUGAGUGAGUUGGGACUACACAACUUAAGUGGAGAGUUGAGGAAGAAAGGGUUGGGGUUGUCGUGGAGUAAGCACCAUAGUAGAGUGGUGGAGAUGGGAGAACAGCUAAAGGAGAAGCUUUUGCAUCAGCCAAACAACAACUAUUUGGAAGAAGAAGAAGAAGAGUCACUGUGGAAAAGGGUAAGGGAAGAAAGCAAGAAGAUAUGGGUGGUAGCAGGCCCAGCCAUACUCUCAAGGGUUUCGACCUUUGGGAUUCUGGUGAUUGGUCAAUCCUUCGUUGGCUAUAUUGGCUCAACUGAACUUGCUGCUUUUGCCCUUGUUGUGACUGUCCUAGUCAGGUUUGCAAAUGGGGUAUUGGUUGGCAUGGCAAGUGCGUUGGGAACUCUUUGUGGUCAAGCAUAUGGGGCCAGAAAGUAUAACAUGCUUGGAGUGUAUCUUCAAAGAUCAUGGAUAGUGUUGUUCAUAGCCUCAAUACUCCUUCUUCCUAUUUUCAUCUUCACCACUCCAUUGUUAGAGGCUCUAGGCCAAGACAAAACCAUUGCUCAAGUUGCCGGAAACAUUUCUCUCUGGGCAAUUGGUAUCAUAUUUUCUUUCGCAGUUACAUUCACCUGCCAAAUGUUCCUGCAAUCACAGAGCAAGAACAAGAUCCUUGUCUACCUUGCAGCAGUUUCAAUUCCAGUCUACGUUUUUCUGUCAUGGCUUUUAUCUGUUCAGUUCAAUUUUGGUCUCAACGGUGCACUGACAUCAAUACUUUUGGCAAAUUGGAUUCCAAUCAUUGGCCAGCUUGUGUUUAUCAUGACCAAGUGCCCUGACACAUGGAAAGGUUUCUCAUUCUUGGCCUUCAAAGAUCUAUGGUCUGUUAUCAAGCUUUCCCUCUCUUCUGGAGUUAUGUUAUGUCUUGAGAUCUGGUACAACACAGUUCCGAUUCUUCUUACCGGUAACACGGAAAAUGCAGAAGUGUCCAUUGAUGCUCUGUCCAUAUGCCUCAACAUCAGUGGAUGGAUAAUGAUGGUAGCCCUUGGUUUCUUUGCUGCUGCAAGUGUCCGGGUUGCAAACGAGCUUGGAAGAGGGAGUUCAAAGGCUGCAAAGUUUUCCAGUCUGAUAACAGUUCUCACAUCAUUUGGCAUUGGAUUCGUGCUGUUCUUCGUGUUCCUUUUUCUGAGGGAAAGACUUGCUUACGUUUUCACUGCAGACUCUGCGGUGGUUAAAGAAGUUGGUGAUUUAUCACCAUUGCUCUCAUUUUCCAUCUUGUUGAACAGUGUCCAACCUGUGCUAUGUGGAGUUUCUGUGGGAGCUGGGUGGCAAAGCAUUGUAGCAUAUGUAAACAUUGGCUGUUAUUAUGUGAUUGGUGUUCCUGUUGGAGUGUUGCUUGGUAAUCUUCUCCAUUUGGAAGUCAAGGGUAUUUGGAUUGGAAUGGUGUUUGGAACACUUCUUCAAACCCUAAUUCUUAUUACGAUCACAUUGAAAACAGAUUGGGAGAAACAGGUAGAGCUAGCUCGAAAUCGUGUUAACAAAUGGACAGUGGUGGACAACGAAGAGUCACACGAAAGACCAAGUAUAUCUAGCUAA